AUGCCGAUUCGAAGAUCCAUCCCACCGGCUGAGUCAACGGAGUAUCAGGCGGAGCCUCGUCUCUACUAUGCCGAUGCGAUGUUCCACCAACCAGCUGACCAACAGCGUAGACGAAACCUCUUCACGACGGCGCAGACACGGUGUUCCAUGCGACCAACCGUCCAACGGAGUCCGCAGCACCCUGUGCACGUGGCACAACGCGCACAGGGGGUAACCGCCCUCACCUGGUUUAGCCCGCCGGUCGAGGCGGUUGCCCCGGGUGUGGCCGCUGAGCAGAGCCCAGCUACGUGGAGCCACAUGUGA